GAUAGAGCGCGCUAGCCUGACAAUGGGAUGCUAGGAAGUAAGGCAUUGUAAGGAUCGAACCGCAAACUGAACCAGAAGGUUUUUGCUGUACUAGAAAAAUAAUCCACACCUGCUUCCUAUCAACCAGCGUAUUGUUUAAAAGAACAAGAUAUCUAUUGAAACAGUUCUCUACUCUUUUAUUUUGCAAUUAGUGGAAAACUAAAAACAAAGUAAAAAAAAAGACUUUACUGCAUCUCUCUCUCUCACUCUCUUGCCCAGGAGGCUGCUUGCUUUUGCCUUCCAAAGACUCAAAAGAAAUUAUAACAUAUUUCAAUUAUCCAACUUGCUGACUGAUCAGAACUGCAUUUACAUCAGUAAAAUGGGGCACAAACUGACGAGCAUUCUGAAAAUGGCAACCACUGAAAGCUGGUCAGGAGGCACACUAGAAGUCCAUUCUAGUAUGUCUGAUUUAGCCCGACCAGAGCGUCUGGAAGAGAUCCUGAACCUGAAACCCCCUUCUUUCAACACUGUUUUGCAGAACAGCUGGAAUGCCAAAGACUGCAGUGAGAACAUUACUGUAAAAGAUGAAGGACUUGCUUUCAGGCGUCAGCCAGUAGCAAAAAGCACAGACUGUGUACGUGGGAGGGUUGGCUACACCCAUGGAUUACAUGCUUGGGAGAUCACAUGGCCAAAGGAACAGAGAGGCACACAUGCUGUGGUGGGUGUAGCCACCUCUGAGGCCCCACUGCAUGUCGACUGUUAUACAGCCCUUGUAGGAAGCAACUCAGAAUCUUGGGGUUGGGACAUUGUACAGAAAGAACUGCAUCAUGAGUCUAAAGUACAGCCAACAGUGCCGUAUCCACAAUCCUGGGGGGCGCCCGACUCGGGAGUUGUGCCUGAUACCUUACUGGUAGUCCUGGACAUGGACGAUGGUACCCUGGGCUAUGUCAUUAGUGGAAAAUACAUGGGUGUGGCAUUCCACGGACUUAAGGGGAAAACUUUAUACCCUAUCAUCAGUGCUGUUUGGGGGCAGUGUGAAGUCAGAAUACGCUACGUUGGAGGUCUGACAUCGGAGCCCCACUCACUGACGCACCUUUGUCGACAGUCUAUCCACAAUGCACUGAAAGAACCUUGUCUACAGAACAUUGAAAAACUGCCUUUGCCUACAGCUAUGAAGAGGUAUCUCAUGUACCAGUGAUGACGGAUAACCAUUAAGACAGUAAGAUUUUAAUUACACAGACAGGAGUCAGUACAUAUCCACCACCAUGUCCUCCAUCCGCCGGAUGCAGGAUGGUCCUGAGUACAGAGAUGAUACGCUACCAUGGCUGCAUGCACGCCAUUUCUGUAAAUGUGGCUUGUUAAAACAUCACGGACAGGAGUCAUAGGACUUGACAUCGUUAUCUGCUGAGGGACACUGUCAGCUAGUUUUAGCAGUUUUGCUGAGAAACGCUGUAAAACAGGGAAGAUGGAAUGUGCUGUCACUCAGAGAAUCCAGCUAAGAAAUCCAGUGAAGUAACCAGAUCACACAGCUCUGUGAUGCUUUCUUCCAGCAAGCCUGCAGGUUCCAGAAACUUUUACUUUUUUUAAGCAAUAAACUUUGAGUGACAAACUACAAAAACAAAAUUCCAUUUGAAGACUGUAGACUGAGAACGAACAGGCCUGAAAGCCUGGGAUAUUUUUUUAUUUCUUUUUGUACUUUUUGCUAUAUCCUGUAUAGUUUUGUAUCAUACAAUGACUGAAUAGACUCAGUGUUAAACCAGACAAUCACAGAAGAAUAUUUUUGCUGAAUAAAAUAUUUUUUAUUAAAAUUCA